AUGUCUUCAAUUCAUAACGUCCUUGUUGUUGGUGCUGGCGGAAACGUCGGCAGAUCCACUGUCCGCGCUCUGCUCGACGAGGGGUUUAAGGUUACUGGACUCACUCGAGAGUCAUCUACCGCUUCGCUGCCAGCAGAGGCUGAUCACGUCAGAUCUGACUUCUCUUUGGGAUCCCUUACCGACGUAUUCAAAGGUCAGGAUGCUGUGAUAAGCACCAUUUCCAGUGUCACCCCGGGUACUGCACUCGCUUCUCAGAAUUUACUCGUGGACGCCGCCAUCGCGGCCCAGGUCAAGGUGUUUUGUCCCUCCGAGUUUGGCAUCGAUACCGCAGAUUCCUCUGCAUCUUCAUACAUUCCCUUUCUAGUCGACAAAAUCGAUACAGUGUCGUAUCUCAAGAAACACCAGAACAAGAUCUCCUGGAUAGCAGUGAUUACGGGCUGCAUGUUUGACUGGGGUUUGAGAAUUCCGGGAUUCGGCGGUUGGGAUAUCUCAAAGCGCUCUGCGACUAUCUUCGAUGGCGGCGAUAUCCCUUUUGAGGCCACCAACCUGGACCAAGUGGGCAAAGCCCUGGCGAAGUGUCUUAAGAAUCCGGGUCGAACCGCGAACCGCCAUGUAUACGUGAACAGCUUCACGGUCACUCAGAAUGAGGUACUGAAGGCUCUUGAGCGAGCUAAGGGUGAAAAGUUCAAUGUGACAAAUAGCACGGUCGACGAGUUGUGGCAAGAUGGAGCCAACCAGGUGAAGGAAGGACAAGUACUAGGUGUGCUUAAAAUGAUUGCUGGUGCCGUUUACGGAAAAGGCAACCUGGCAAACUUUUCCAAGUCGCGCGGACUUUGGAAUGAGAAACUCGGCUUGCCUCAAGAAGAUUUGGAUGUUUCCAUUCAAAUGUUCCUUUCGAAUUGA